UCCUCAAUUUUUUUGCGAAAAAAAUAUAAAAUAUUCCGAAUUCAAAUUUUGAAAUCCAAUACGCAAUUCGUUAAUUACAAAAAAAAUUAUGUUCUCAAUUUGAAUUUCAAAUGAAAUCUGUUAUAUAAAAUGGUGUAACUCAACAAGUGUCAAUUUUGAGCUCACUGCCUUUCGUCACGCAACUAAUUAUUUAUUCAGUGUUCUAAAUACAAAUCUAGAGCUAUCGUGUCGGUUUUAAAUUUAGAUUGUCAUUAAAAAGAGUUGUGUGUAACAUUUUUUUUUCCAAAGUGCCAGUAUCCUAAAGUGACCAUAGACAAUUUCUUUUUUUUUUACAUUAUCUGAAUUUUUAUUAAGUGGUGAGUGAAAUGUGAGUUCUAGAUGUCCGACGGACCUUCUCGACUACCGUCUUUGAUCAAUCCAAAAUGCAAACCUCACGAAAUGUGGGCCGCUAUGACUCGCUCCAUUGAGAUCCUCGUCGCGUUCUUCGAGUAUUAUGCACAGAGAGCGCAGCUUGAGACCACCUCAACGAGCUCCCCGCAAGCCAAGUCUCCGGCGGGGAGCAGCGCAGGCGCAGCCGCCGGCGCGUCGACCGCUGCAGGGGAGCGCACGCCGACUGCGCAGAACAAACAGCUCCAGAAUGUCAAGGGCCAGGAGCAUCCGCCGCAUCCAUCUAUGGCGUUUCUCCAGAACCGCUCCAUAUCCCUGGUGGACAUGUACAUCGACAACUCGGAGCCUUCAGAGAACGUCGGCCAGAUCCACUUCAGCUUGGAGUACGACUUCCAGAACACCACUUUGAUAUUGAGGAUCAUUCAGGGUAAGGAGCUGCCGGCGAAGGAUCUAAGUGGCACUUCGGAUCCAUACGUGCGCGUGACUCUUCUCCCGGACAAGAAACACCGGUUGGAGACCAAAAUCAAGAGGAGGACUCUCAACCCUCGGUGGAACGAGACAUUCUACUUUGAAGGGUUCCCCAUUCAGAAGUUGCAGAGUCGGGUUCUACAUCUGCACGUGUUUGACUACGACCGCUUCUCCAGGGACGACUCCAUUGGAGAAGUUUUCUUGCCACUGUGUCAGGUCGACCUUAGCGAAAAGCCUUCCUUCUGGAAGGCCCUGAAGCCCCCAGCUAAGGACAAGUGCGGGGAACUCCUCACCUCCCUGUGUUACCACCCCAGCAACAGCGUACUUACCCUGACUCUGCUGAAAGCGAGGAACUUGAAGGCCAAGGAUAUUAAUGGGAAAUCAGAUCCCUACGUCAAAGUGUGGCUGCAAUUCGGCGACAAGCGCAUUGAGAAACGCAAGACGGCCAUCUUCAAAUGCACCCUGAACCCGGUGUUCAAUGACUCCUUCUCCUUCAACGUCCCGUGGGAGAAGAUCCGGGAGUGCUCCCUCGACGUCCAGGUCAUGGACUUCGACAAUAUCGGGAGAAACGAGCUGAUUGGCCGGAUAUUGUUGGCUGGUAAAAACGGCUCAGGCGCAACGGAAACGAAACACUGGCAGGACAUGAUCACGAAGCCGAGGCAGACCAUCGUCCAGUGGCACCGUCUGAAGCCGGAGUAAUUUGUUGUUUGAACAAAAAAAAAAUUAUGGAAAACAAAAAAAAAAAAGUUAAAACAAAACGUCAUAAGACUGAGCGGUUAACUUGGAGUUACGGAUCCACCUCUCUAUCUGAAUUCUGGACUUUGACUAUGCACGGAUAAUGUUAUCGUUUCAUUUUAUUUUUUUAUUUAUAUUAUAAAAUAAUUGUUUUAAAUAUUUUUUAACUUAUAAAGAAAUAUAUAUUUAAAAAUGAAGUUUGGAUAUAUUUUAGAAAUUAUAAACAUUUGAUGUUUGUUUUAUAUGUAUAUAUAAUUAUAACAUAUAGAUAUUAUGUUAAUACAUACUUAACGUUCAAUUUAACGAAGUCAUAAAAUAUUGUGAAAUUUAAAAUUUUUACAAUUUAUAAUUUAUUUUUAUUUUUCUCUUAUGCACGGACAUAUUCGUACUUUGAAAUCUUUGGAUAUCUGAAGACUUUGUGUGAACUAUCUAAUAUUUCGAAGCUUUAGGACUUUCCGUCUUCACUUUCAAAAAUACGGUCUGUUUUCAAACACAAUUGAAGAGAAAAUUUAUUAACGUUAUUUAUAAAAAAGACAUUAUUUAUUAUUCAUUUUAUACUGUUAUUUGGUUAAUUCAUUGCUAUGUUAAUUAUUAAUUUUUAACAAGUAACCCAAUCAGUGUCAUUAAAAAAAAUCUUAUUUGAAUGACAUGCUUUGUCUCAUGUUAUUAUCAUUUAAUGAAAGAUACUUAGCUGCAAUUAUAAAACAGAGUACCUAUAACUAUUGUACUUCGCUUCAAAUAUGUUUGAAAAUAUGAUCAUUGUUCGAAAAUUAUUGACGUUUUAUGGUAAUAGUUGGACAAUCAAUGUUAAGGUUUUUAAUAAAUUGUUAGAGAUAUAUCUAAUAUAAUUGUUAAACUGUAGUGAUUACGUGAAAAUGUCGAGUUCGUAUCGCACAAAGAGUGUAGUUCUUUUAUUUUAAUUAAUAAUUCGAAAAAGUUGAUAUUGCUGCUCAAAAUUAAACAAAAAGAAAUGGCAUAUAAUUCAAAUUUGUUGAGCACUUAAAAUAUUUCAGUUACUUAUUUUGAUUUGAAAUAUAAAUAAAAAAAAAACAAUAAUCAAAAUGUGAACUGCCAAAUUGUUAUUUAUAAACAAAACAAAACGAGAUAUUUCGAGGUAUGUGUCAAAAUACAUUUUUGUCAUAUGAAUAUAUACUUAUUAAAGAUUUAAAUAAUAUAAAGCGUUACACAUCGUUCGCGAUUCGCCUUUGGUGGUAAGAUUUUUAUUGCUUUUAUAAAAUAUUUUUCAUUUACCUAUUAUUAAUUUGUUCGGUAAACUUUAUUUACCAAUUCUUUUACACGGAAAUCAUAAAGGAAUAACAUGCGUUGUGUUUAUAAAGAAACAAAUAAAUUUCUGUGAAGAAUUAAAUGGUUACACAUGCUUGCUGGAUUUUCAAUACGAUACGUAUUAAAAUGUAUUAUUAAUUUAUCCCAAAAGAGUUCUGGCGGAAAGUAGAUAGUUACAUAAAUAUGGAUAAUUCUUAAGUUAACUUGAGGCGCAGAAAAACUUUAAUCUUAGUAGUUUCCUGUUGUUCUUAUGUUCUUACAUAAACUGCUAAUUCCUUUAGCGUUGGCGCACCGUUUACGAUGUUAACGGUUUAUAAGAGAGACAUUCUAAAUUAAUUGUUAAAUAUUAAGUGAAUUAGGAAACGGCAUGUGUAAAUGGUUGGUCAAUUUUAGGCGCGAAUAUAAUAAUAAUAAAUCACGCAAAAUGUGAUGAGAAAUGGUUUGUUCAUUAUAAAAAGAAGCAUUUAAUUUAUUAUUUACAUUUUUACAUUACAAAUCUAAAGCUAUAUUAUAGAUAUUUAUAAUUAUAUUGUAUUACAAAUUCGAAAUACAAAUAUACCUAUAUCGUUGAGUUAGUAUCUCAUAACACAAGUUUCGAACUUACUUUGAGGCUAACUCAAUCUGUGUAAUUUGUCCCGUAUAUAUUUAUUUAUUUAUUUUUUACACCUGAAAGUAAUAAUAUAGAACGCAUAAAUAUAUAUAAUAUAGCUGUUGAUUUUAGUCAUAAAUGGUAUCAUACAGCUUUUGUUUGUUAAAAUGUAUUUAAAAAUAGUUGAUAGUUUCAAAACGCUUGUUGUUACAUAUUACAAAGCUUUCAUUCCGUAGGACAUAUUGGUGUUAUUGAAAGAGUAUAUAAAAAUCAUGAAAAUCCAAUAUUGUAUACAUUUAUAAAAAGUUUUAUAGAGAAACGUAGUGUAUUUUAUAGGUGUACUUAAUUAUCGCGUAAUAUUUGUAUAAAAAUUUGGCACUUCGAGAAUAGAAAAAAAAUACUGGUAAGUUAUAUUUUAAAAUUAGAUUUUAUUGUUUCUUAUUUACUAAAUCACUAAUUAAUUGAAAACUGUUUAAUAAUAUUAAGACACGCAAAAAAGAAAUAGUCAAAUUUAAACUGUAGUGAUCCCAAAUUCAAAUAAAAAGGGAACUUAGACUGCAACUAACACUACAACUAUGUAAGUUAUAGUGAGUUUGUUUUUAUUUUCGUACAAUCAAACAAGCCAACCAUUUUUUUUAUUUAUAUAAAUACAUGUUAAACUAGUAGAGAAUGCCAAACGGCAUUAAAUCAGCCUUUUGUAGGUACAUUUUAUUUUGCACUCAAUUUAAAAAAAAAAUAUGAAAUUAUUUUAAUGGAAAAAUAUUUAUACGUUAAAUAUUUAUAAUUGAUAAAAUAUUAUGAACAAGCAAUCGAAGUGCCCUAUUUUCAAAUACAUGUGUAGCUUGUUGUCAUAGGUGUUAGGCAGUUUGAUGUUCAUGUAAAUUAGUUGCAGACAUCUGUUAACGUAACCAUUUACCUAUAAAAAAAAAACAAUAACAAAAUCAGUUUCGUUGUCGAUUUUGGAAACCUUGCAGAGCUUCGAAAUCCGAUUUUAGGAUUGCCAACAAAGUAUGAAAACAGUAGCAUUCUAAAUAGUUAGUCAAAAAUUUAAAUGUAUUAAGCAUUUAAGGUUAAAUGUAUUUUGGGCCUUGAAAUUGGUAUCAUCAAUACUUGAAUGCUUUUAUGGUUAUUAAUAAUUUCUUAUUUUAAUGAGUUUUAAUAGCCAGAAUUUUAAUCUUUAUAAAUAAAGAAUUUUAAGUAAUAAGUAUAUGAUAUCUUUACUUGAAGAAGAAGAUACCUAAGGAAUAGUACGAUGUACAUACAUUGACAAAUAAAUGAUUUUCAUUAAUUCAUUACUGUGAAAUUGCACCUAUGAUAGGUUAUCUACAUCUCGUCUGACGUCUGUAUAUAUUUACAUAAUAUAUAUGACAUAUAUUUAACGAACGAGUUACUUAAGUAUUGGUGGAACCAGUGACACAUUUAGAUCGACAGCAAACACAACCGUUUGCCCAGACGCAGGCCUUAUGUCAUAAUGUUUGCUAUAGAACUACAUCACAUCUAGUUGUUAAAAAAAAUGUGUAGUUAAAAACUAUAUUUUUUACUGUCGUGUUUUAAAGCACCGACUCGAAUCAUUCGGGGGGUAAUAGGUAAUAUCAUUUCACCUUUAUUCGCAGUUUUGAGCAAAAAUGCAUAUCCUGGUAAAGGUAAGCGAUUUAAUUAAAUAUUGUAAGUAUAAAAUGAAAGGUCAACAAUGAGAGGAACUAUUCUAUAACUGUAUAUAAUUAUAAAUACUUGUUUAAACAUUCAUUGUUGUCAUACAAACGGCGUGUUUGAGAGAAUCUCUAUGACAAAUCUAACGAAAAUUUUCAACUUCCAAUACUACCUCUUUUUGCUUUUUUUUAAACAUUAAUUGUAAAGUUUAAAUCUAUUUUAUACCGCAAAACCAUUGUUUGGUUUUUUUUUUUUUCAAUAAUACAGCGAUUUAGGUUAUAAUUAAUUAUAAUUUCUAAAACAUUGUGAUGUACAACGUUAGAACAUAUCAAUACAUUGUUUUAUUUUAAAGCAAUCAAAUAAUAUGUAUAUUUUCAUGGAAAAUGUUAUUCUAAAAAUAAAGAUCUAUAUUUUUUGCAAACUACAUGAAAUAAUUUUUUAAAUAAAAGUUAAGGAGUUUUAAAAAUGCAUAAGCCUAGUUUAUUUUGACAGUUGCAUAGUUAAACUGGUAGUGUUAUAUUCUCAUCAACUCUGAAUAUGGUUGGAUUAUAAUAAACAUGUCUAGUACCUACUCCAACCCACUCUUGAACUCUAAGAGUCGUUGAAUAGCUCAUAUUAAUUUAAAUAAAUCUCUAUUAACGUAAGUAAGACAAUACUUUUCACUUUGAACAAUUUAGGUAUUAUUUAUACAUGGCCAAAAAUUGGAGAACUAUUGUGAGCCUUAUAUAUACAUAUAUAUAUAUACUUAAAGAAUAAAUAUUGUUUACACAAAAAUAAUUAUUUCAAUUUGCAUUCAAAUUUAAUUAAUGAAUUAAAUCUUUAGCAAUAUAAGUACAUAAGCUUACUUCAUUUACUUAUAACAUUUUAAAAUAAUGUCUCUUUUUGACGGAGCAUUUGUUACUGAAUAAAUUCUGUAGCCAUUUGACGAAGCUGAUAACUGGCAGUUUUAUUCUAGUAUAAGAAAAAAUAUUUACUUUUGAAAAUAAUUAAACUUACAAAAAGUGUCGUCAAAACAUUUUUCUUAUUUAAAUUGAUAUACCAUUGCUACGAAAUGAAUAGUUAACAUGCUUUGUACUACGCGACCUUAUUACAGCUUUUGAUGUGAGCUCAAAAUGUAAAAAAAAAAAAACGGCCGUGUUAAUGUAUGUCAAAUAAUAUUUUGUGCAAUAUUAAUAAUUGUAUUAAAUGUUAUAAUUA